UUGCUUGCGGUGGAGAGAGAGAAAGAGAGAAAGAGCCGGAGCCGGAGCCGGAGCCGGAGACGAGAUACCUAUCGAUCCAUCCAUCCGCCGCCGGCGAUCCCUCCUAUCCCCUCCAUCACCAAUGCCGCCGCGGAGCCUCACCCUCUCCCGCCUUCCCGUGGCCGCCCUUGGCCUCCCCUUCUCUUCUUGCUCCCCGCCUCCUCCUCGCCUUCGCUUCCCCUUCGCCGCACGCCGCGCCAGGUCCCUCGCCACCAGGGCCUCCUCCUCCUCUCCGGAUUCCUCCUUCGGCUCGCGGAUGGAGGACUCUGUCAAGAGGACGCUCGCCGACAACCCCGUCGUCAUCUACUCCAAGUCCUGGUGCUCCUACUCCAUGGAGGUCAAGGCGCUCUUCAAGCGGAUCGGCGUCCAGCCGCACGUCAUCGAGCUCGACCAACUCGGCGCACAGGGACCUCAGUUGCAAAAGGUGUUAGAGCGGCUGACUGGACAGUCCACUGUUCCUAAUGUUUUCAUUGGUGGAAAGCACAUUGGUGGCUGUACAGAUACUGUGAAGCUUCAUCGCAAAGGGGAGCUAGCUACCAUGCUGUCAGAGCUGGAUAUCGACGUCAACAACUCAUGACAACAUUGAACAUGGUUUGCUAUACUGGAUAUCUGAGGUUUCAAUGACUUGAGCAGUCGUGUAAUGAGAUUUGUUAGCCAUGUUUACUAAUUCAAUGCACAUUUUAUGUAACCGCUUCCCUUGAUCAGCUAGGGAAUUUUGACUAAUGUGUAUCCACCGGUGAACUUGGGAGAGGAAAAAAAUGCGAACACAAAAACUUGCCUUUUUUUUUCUUAUUA